UCCAGAGGAUACAAAGGUCAAGAAAAUACAGCAGUUUACAGGAGGAACUUUGAUCCUUCAUUGUCACUGCAGGCGAAGGUUUCUUGUUCAAAACGUUGAGCUAACAGCAGAAAAAGGAGACACCAUGUUCAGGAUUUGUCUAUUCGUGUGUGUUUCGCUGAUAUCUGGCAUCGCAGCAAAGCCCUGGGAUAAACUUACAGGUGAAGCCUUUCAGGACACUGUUCUGUCUAUAGAUGGUGAAGGAAAGAUGUCCGUGGGAGUGGAGCCUCCAGAGGACAUGGAUGAGACUCACUAUGACAUCGACCCCAGCAUGCAGAUUUGGCAGAGCAUGACAGGCGGCGGACAGGAAAAACAUUUCCAGAAGGCCGAAGACUUGGAUCAUCUGUACCAUCCUUCCAUGGAAGAUCUUCAAGCUCAAAUAAUAAACCUGGAUGCUGUACCUGCUGCAGAGCUGUGGAAGGAAGCAGAAAAAGAGGGCAUCUACUAUCCUGCAGAAGAACCUGAGCAGGACUGGAAUGAAGCCUACAACGAAGCCAGGGAACAGCUGGACAGAUAUUUGGCCCCGCUGGUGGCUAAAAACAGAGAUGGGGUGGAGGUCCGAGGUGCUGUCUAUGAACCGGAGGAGGACAAGGAUGACCUGUAUCAUGGUGACGCCCCGAGCUGGUCUGUGGAGAUGGAACAGCUGAAAGAGGAGGCAAGAAGUGAAAGUGAGGUCAGGAUUCAUGAAGUACCAGAGGAGGAUAUGGAUGAUCUGUACCACAGAGACUUCCUCCUGCCUGUCGCUUAUAGAGAUUAUGUCAAUGCUGCUGCCCCUCUGUAUUUGCCAUCUGAGAAGGAGUACAGAGAACCAGAGGAAGAUUUGGAUGAUCUGUACCACCCCUGA